AUGGCCGACCUGAACAAAGAGUUGAAUGAAUAUCUUCUCAGCAGUAAAAAUGAAAAGCAAUUCAAAAUUGGUAUACCCUCGGUAUCGAUACCGAAACCGUCUUUGGGAAAAUGGCUAGGAAGAGGGGAAGAGGAGCCGCAAGAGGAGGCUGGAUGGUUCAAAGAGACUAAGAAGGACUGCUGUCCCAGCAUGACAAGACUGCAACGACUGACUGCCUUUGCUGUAUGCUUCUUCAUGGGAGUUCUGUGCUUCUGUUUGUCUGCAAUCUACAUUCCUGUGUUGCUGCUGAAAGCAAGAAAAUUUGCAUUACUCUACUCCCUAGGAAGCCUGUUCUUUCUGAUGAGCUUCUGCUUUUUAUGGGGUCCAAUGAGUUAUCUGCGAUCGCUUUUCACCGCAGAAAGAAGGUGCUUCACUAUUUCAUACUUUACAACGUUGAUCGGCACCCUUUACUUCGCGUUGCAUUUACAGUCGACACCGUUCACAGUUCUGUGCGCGGUAAUGCAGCUGAUAGCCAUGCUGUCUUUUUUGGUUAGCCAUAUUCCGGGCGGUACAUCAGGACUCAUGUUUUUCACAAGGAUGUUCAAAUCUUCUGUUAGCUCAACUCUGCCCGUAUGAGUGUCGAUGAAUUUUGUGGUUCAAAAAGGAUAAGGUGGCUGUCAAACCAGAGUCUGUAAUGAGUUGGAAAACGUAUACAAGCGUAGAUGAUUCUUUAUGCUCAAUUCAGACUCAAUUCAGCACUGCGUCCUUUCUUCGAUAUCCGUUUAUUUAUGUGUUCACAUAAGUAUAGGAUCAUACUGUUAUUAAAUUAUGUCAAGUAUUUAUAUUUGGAUUCGAUCGUUCAAUAAGAAUUUUAGCUUAAAUUGGAUGACAUGGUAGACAAGGACCCACUAUAUUCACCAAAGAGGAAAUAACUUCUGACGAGAGAUUAUGUGAAUUUACAUUCCUUGUAACUAGGCAUAAGUUAGCAAAAGCAUCAAAAAUUAAUAACUACCAAUUUCCCGCAGUUACAAUUGGAAAAUCAACUCUGAAAUGUUUACUACACCAAUUAUUAUCUCAUCACGAGGUUGUAAUUAUUACGCAUACGCUUCAUUCGCGAAUUAUAAACGAGUGUGGAAUGACAAAAACCACACACGAUUUUUUAUUCUCACAAUACGUAGUCUAUAAAGUUUAUUUCAACAGUUUAUUUGUUAAAAAAAAAAAAAAAAAACUUUAAUCAAUAUCUCAAAGUUAUUCAUCUGAUUGCGCGUAAUCCUCAACUUAUAAUUCCUGUAGUUAGCCUGUAAUUUUAUGCAAUGUGCUCAAAUUCACAGUGACUCAAAUAGCGAUAGUGUUAAUUUAUAUUGCUGACAAUCCUCGAACGUCAGUGCAGAGUUGUUGACUGAAGAUAUAUUCUUCCGUCAACAACAGAUUGCAAGAUUUCGAACAUUUUUUUGCAGCUCAAUAAUCUUGACUCAGUUGUUUGACAAUAUCAUGUAAAGUGAAUGGGAUAUUUUAUCAAUUAGAUAUUCCAUAAAAUGAA